GCCUAACUGUGUACGGCUCGUAUAAAGAUUGAGCUCAGCUGUUCUAUACCCCCACUACAAACACCGGCAUUUUAACCGAUUGUCCAAGGCUAUUGGAUAUUCACCAGCUCGGGUUUCCAAAGAUCUCAACUUGACGCGGCAUAUCAAUCAUGGCAGACAGCAAGCCUGGUAAAGGAGCGUCCAUCGCUACCCUCAUCAUCGUGUGUCUCGUGUUCUUCAUCGAUAUUGCCAACAUUGGCAUGGCAAACAUCGCCCUACCUACCAUCCAACAGAAGCUUGGCUACGAUGAUGGCUCCUUGCAAUGGAUUCUCACAUCGUAUUCCUUGACGUUUGGUGGUUUCCUCAUGGCUGGCGGUCGUCUCGGCGACAUUUUCGGUCACAAGAACAUCCUAAUCUUUGGAAUGACACUCUUCAAUAUCGCAACAUUAGCCUGCGGCCUAGCCAAUGAUAAGAUCGGGCUUGUGGUUGCCAGAGCCUUUCAAGGACUUGCUGCUGCAUUUACAAUCCCAGCUGCGCAGUCACUUGUAGCGCUUUCCUUCGACGACCCGGAUACCCGUGUUAAAGCCUUUGGCGCCUGGGGGGCUGCGGGUUCGUCUGGCUUUGUUUUCGGACCUAUUAUCGGCGGACUUUUUACCUCCCUUGUCACAUGGGAGUGGAUCUUCUGGCUUAGUCUCAUCGUCGAAGGCGCUCUCGAGAUUGCUGCUCUCGGCCUAUACUUUACUCAAAACCUCCCCAACCCGACCCAUUCCGAAUCCGACAAAGAAAACAAGUGGUCUACACUCCCUGUUCGCCUGGAUAUUUUCGGCACGUUAGUCUCCGUCUCCAGCCUCAUCCUGCUCGUGUACGGCCUCACCACAGGUAAUAUCAAUGGCUGGGAUACACCCGACGUCAUCGCCACACUUGCCACGGCGGGGUGUCUACUGGCGAUCUUCGUUUUUCUCGAGGUCAAAGUGUCACAAGACCCCAUAUUGCCGGGUUACAUGUUCGAAGACAGGGUUCGUGUCUUAGGCUGUGCGGCUGCGGCAUUGACAUACGCGGUAUGGCAGGGAAGCAAUUACCUUCUCACUCUACAGCUCCAAAGCUUCGGGUUCUCACCCCUGUCCACCGCCCUCCGCUUCCUUCCGCUCGGCAUCACUGCUUGCGCGGUUAACGUCAUCAUCCCCCUGCUACUCAAGCCAGUUGGCUCGCGUAAUCUCCUUCUCGGGAGCUGGCUACUCUGCGCCGCAGGCAUCAUCUUGCUGUGCCGGAUGCAGUCGGGAGACGAUUACUGGAGACUCUGCUUGCCAGGCAUGAUUCUCUACAUUGCCGGCGUAGGAACAGUAUACUUUGUAGGAAAUGUUACUGUUGUGGCGACAGCAACUGGAGCGCUUCAAGGAACAGUUUCGGGAGUAUACAAUAUGUUCCUCAACGUCGGCGGCGCAGUCUUAGGUGUAGCCGUCCUCACAGUCAUCACAGACUCGGUUACGUCAAAUAAAGGGGGCAAGGAGAGUUCCGAUGCAGUACUCGAGGGCUACCGAGCAGGCUACUACGGUGCCAUAGGCAUGUCUGCAAUUGGUCUUCUCCUUGCUGCAUUCUUUCCAUCAAAGAAAGCCUCAGUCCCCGAGAAGCCCAAAGAGGAUUCCCCGACGGGCUCGCCAGUAAAAUCCCAGUAGGUUGAACAAUCCUUUGGUCAUGGCCGAGUGUGCUGUCACGAGUAAUCGAUUUCGGACCGGCUCGAUAAGGAAGGGAUCGGAUCGACAGGGAAGGAACAUUUGGUGGUCAAGGAUUUGGUGGAGACACAUCGUGGGACCGGAACUGAGGUAGAAAUUGGAUUCGUGGGUCGGUGGGGACGGUGAAGACGGUACAUCUCCAAAAGGCCGUGUUACCGUACAGGGAGUCGCAGCUAGUGGGCGGAUGCAGUGGGGACAAAGCGUGGGGAGAUGAUCAGAUAAGAUUAGAUUACGGGCUUCCGAAUCUCCCCAAAGCCAUGCUUAGGGAUUCUACUAAACGC